CUUAUUCUGUUAUAAAACCUUCGAGACAGCUCUUGUUCGUGCAUUGUGCAAGGUGAGUUAUUUUACAAGGCAAGUGAUUCUAACUUGCAGCUGGGAUUCAGCGAGAGUGUCAACAGUCGAAGACAGCUUUGUAGCAAAAUAUGUCGCUUGUUUCAAUGUAUGACAAGACUCAUCGGUUUCCAUGGCUAGCACCUUCAAACUUCUUUGACCUCCUGAAAUUGAUUCUGGGCUUCAUAGACGCGACUCGUGCAACACAAUUUUCAAGCGAACUCGUCUCCAAACACGCAACAAUGGAUAACCUUCCUCAAGACCUAGUUAAUGAAAUUCUCAAGCGUAUUGCGGAUGUGAAUGACAUUGCAAAUUUUUCGGAAACUAGCAGAGCAUUCCGGGAGGCUAGCUACUUUGCCCUGUCUAUUCGCAUACAGGUGCGGAAUAGUGAUCAUAAAAGAACCCGGAAUCUACUGGAUUCUUUCUCACCGAACUCUGGUUUAAAUCGUCAAGACCUGAAGGAUAACAUGGGGAAGUUUCUGUUGAGAAGGCGUUGCAUAGAGCAACUGCAUAUUGAAGUUGACCCGAUGUUACAAUCGAAAGAAGUUCCUGACAAUAAAAGAUCGAGGACAGACUUCUGGAUGAGCGAUCCGUGUUUUGUCAGUGGAUGGUCACGUCACCUAGGGGCCACGCUUCAGCAUUUAUGUAUGGUGGACUAUGGUAAGCAGGCCGUACUGCGCAAAUCUAGCAUCCUCCAGAUUUUGUCACAAAACUGCAAAUCGCUGAAGACAGUGGAUCUACGGAACAUGUAUAUUGAUACAAGUGGAUGUGAAACAAUGAGCUCCUUGGUAAGCAUGACAUUACACUGUGUUGCAGUACCUGGUGGAGCUUUAGAUGACAUGAACACUUACAUGCCAAAGCUACAGACAAUGGUGCUGUAUGGGGUAGUUGGUGUGGAGAGAGGACAUCUGACUUUCUCGGAGAUGAAAUUUCUUAGCCUUGGUCUUUCAAAUCCAGCGGAAGCAGUCUUCAUAAAUCUUCCUAAGCUUGAGAAGCUGCAACUAAAGAUGAAAUGUCCGAGGGAGCUUGAAAUCGUGGCACCUCGACUGAAACCCUAUUCUUUCAAUCUGGAGGUGCCGGAGCAAUCAAAAGUGCAUAUACGGUACUAGCACCAUCCAAGGUUGAAGAGUUUAGGAUUUAGGGUUUAAGAUCUGGUGCAGGAUGGGAUGAGCAUAUAUAGCUUAAGAUUUGUCUAUUAUUGUGCCCUCAAUAGUCUGUAUUUCCCAACAGUCUCCUACCACUUUUGUGACCGAAAGUAAUGGUUCAGGUUGUGAAAUAAGACAAUGAAGGACUCGUUGUGCUGAGUACAAGUCUUGUAAUACAAUCUGAGAACUGGAGAAUGCAAUUUAGCAUUUGGAUUGCACAAUA